AUGCGCUUUAGGUACAGCUGCUGCCGCCUACCAAGCUCCGCCGUCGUCAGCCCGUCGACCCCAGUCUUCAACCUGCAUCACAAGCGCCCGCGCCCCGCACGACAUCAUGGGAGGCAUCCGCGCCGCCCCGCGCGCCCGAGCGGCUCCCGCCCUGCUACCGCCGCACUAGUCGCCGCCGCCGCCGCACUCUACUACGCAACCUAUGUACUCGCCGUUGCUUUUCAUUUUACAAGUGUCUCACUGACGGCCUGCGAGCCCAACCUUCUCUCCUGUGGUCCCGGUGCGCGUCGUCGUCACUUGCUGUCCUCCUCAUCCGUAAGGCCCGCAGUCGUUGAUGGGCCGCUCUCCGCGCGGGUGGCCUCCGUGAGCACCGUGGUGCAGGCCGACUCCUCGCCCUGGCUCUCGUGCGGCGGCUGCAGCACGGCGGCGGCCUGCAGCAGAGCCAGGGCGUUGCGCGCGCCAACCUCCGCCGACUGGAUGUCCUUUUGCGCAGAGGCUUGCUCUGCUUCCCUUUUCCGGGAGGGUGUCCCGUGCCGCCUUGACUUGUCUGCCGCCUCCUGGCGGGCGACGGCCGCGGCCGCGGCAGCCAACGAGUCCAUGGGUGAAGCAGGGCGGCGCUGCUGCUGCGCGCCGCGCGCACCCAAGGAUGUGGGGGCGUGCACGCGCCCCUUAUGCAUGGUGAGUUGGCUCUUCUGGCUGAAGCCCGCGGCGCACACCUCGCACGUGAAGCGCUUCUUGACGUUGGAGUGGACGCGGACGUUGUGGCGCGUGAGGUCGUAG